CAUGCUGCAGAUUUGGAAAAAAAGCAGAAUGAGACAGAAAAUAAAAAGCUGCUUGGUACAGUUAUCCAGUAUGGUAAUGUUAUUCAGGUGGUGAUUGGGGACAAGGUAGUCUUAAAUCCUGUUAAUGCUGGCCAACCUUUGCAUGCCAGUAGCCAUCAACUAGUGGAUAACCCAGGCUGCAAUGAGGUAAAUUCAGUGAAUUGCAAUACAAGCUGGAAAAUAGUUCUUUUUAUGAAAUGGAGUGACAAUAAGGAUGAUAUUCUCAAAGGAGGUGAUGUGGUACGGUUGUUCCAUGCAGAGCAGGAGAAAUUUCUUACUUGUGAUGAACAUCGAAAGAAGCAACAUGUUUUUCUGAGAACUACUGGGAGGCAGUCAGCCACUUCUGCAACUAGCUCAAAAGCUCUGUGGGAAGUUGAGAUGGAUCCUGACCAAGAUGCAGAUAGAAGAGGACUCCAUAAUACUUCAGAGAAGAUGGCAUACUCUUUAGUUUCUGUGCCUGAAGGAAAUGACAUUUCUUCCAUCUUUGAGCUUGAUCCCACCACACUGCGAGGAGGAGACAGCUUAGUCCCAAGGAACUCUUAUGUCAGGCUUAGACAUCUAUGUACAAAUACCUGGGUUCACAGCACAAACAUCCCGAUUGAUAAAGAAGAAGAAAAACCGGUGAUGCUUAAAGUAAGUCCUGCAAGGUGCUCAGUUCAUGGAACUAUCUAG